GACACUUACAAAUUCUGCUCUUUUUUUGGCCCCGCACAGAAACGAAACGAAAACACUGCGCUGUCAAAUUGGCAGCAAAUUUUCACGAUCCUUCGCCAUUCGGAUGUUCCCUGUGCUGUAGUUUUACUGCCAGUUUGUACGGAUAAAAUCGUCGGAGGUGCAGCAUUACGAUGUCCGGUGUGUUCCGAGUUGGCGUCCGCUUCCUAAACCGGUCGACGCCGGUGAAGCCGAUCCUUGAGUCGCGGGUGUGCGGUCCGCUGACAAUCAGUUCAUGCAACAUUUCCGGUAAAACGAUGCGCGGUUCGAAGCUGAGCAAGCCGGCACCGUUCCCGUACCUGGAGAAGGAAUAUUCGGCGUUGCAGGCGUGCAAGGACGUCCUGUUCAAGUCCACCACCAGCCGGUUCGACGAGAAUACCAAGGUCGUUGUCGUUGAUGGACCGAUUGCUGCGGGGAAGUCCGCUUUUGCCAAGGAAUUGGCGGGGGAGUUGGACAUGAAGUAUUUCCCGGAGGCUACGAUGGACAGUUACUACAUCAACUCGUACGGAUACGAUCUGCGGAAGCUUGAUCCGCAGAUGCCGCCGAACAUGCAGAGCUUCGACGUGGCCAAGUUCCUGCAGGACCCGAAGCACCGCAAUGUGGCCACCUUCCAGCUGCGGAUGUUGAUCCAGCGUUACUCGCAGUACAUUGACGCGUUGGCCCAUUUGUUCUCGACCGGCGAGGGUGUCGUUCUGGACCGCAGCGUGUACUCGGACAUGGUCUUCGUUGAGGCCAUGUACAAGAACGGAUUCCUUUCGAAGGGCGCCCGUUCCGUGUACUACGAACUGGUCAAGAACACCUUUGCUGAAUUGAUGAAGCCGCAUUUGGUGAUUUAUCUAGACGUUCCGGUCAACAUCGUGAAGGAUCGCAUCAAGAAGCGCGCCAGCCCGGCCGAGGUCAACUCGCCGGCCUUGACCGACCAAUAUCUGCAGGACAUCGAGCACAUCUACAAGCAGCAAUAUCUAAAGGACAUCAGCACGCACGCCGAACUGCUCGUUUACGAUUGGUCCGACUACGGAGAGACGGAGGUCGUCGUCGAGGAUAUCGAGCGGAUCAACUUUGACCGGUUCGACAAGGACGACACGCACAUGCGGGAUUGGCGCAUGGAAAACGAGGAAGAUUGGACCGAGGCCCGCGCUCGUUACAUGAACAAGCCCGACCUGAUGAACUACUUCAACGUGCCGCGGUACGACGUGCCGGAGUUGAUCAUCAGCCCGGAGGACUUUAAGGCCUGGUACGACAUCUGGUCGGAGGCACCCGGCAUGAAGUACCGCAAGGGCUACAACGACGAGUGCGGCGACGAUGGAAUCCUGACCAAGACCAAGCUGGACUUCCGCAACACGCUGUAAACAGUUCUGUGCUCUAGUUUUUGGGAAAAGCUGUCGAUUUACGAUUCGAGCGGCGGCGGUUAAUAAAUUUCGAUGCUAAUUAUGAA